AUGGGGAAUACUCAGGGCAAGCCAGUCGUUCUGACCGAUCAAGUCAACCUCAACCACUUUCGGCUUCUCCGAGUGGUUGGCAAAGGUGCUUUCGGCAAAGUUCGGAUCGUCGAGCGCAAAGACUCGGGCUUGACGUUCGCCCUCAAAUACAUUCGCAAGGACGAAGUGGUGCGGUCCGAAAGUGUGCGCAACAUUAUUCGCGAACGGCGGAUGCUCGAACACCUGAACCAUCCAUUCCUCUGCAAUCUACGCUACAGCUUCCAGGAUGUCGAGUAUCUAUACUUGGUGGUCGACUUGAUGAACGGCGGCGAUUUGCGGUUCCACAUCCAGCGCAAGUCCUUCACCGAAGACGCCGUGCGGUUCUGGAUGGCCGAACUUGCUUGUGCUCUCCGAUACAUCCACAGCCAAGGCAUUGUUCACCGAGAUGUCAAACCCGACAAUAUCCUGCUCGACUCGGACGGCCAUGUGCACUUGGCCGAUUUCAACGUCGCCUCCGAUUUCAAGCCGGGCAAACCGCUGACCAGUAAGUCCGGGACGCUGGCGUACCUGGCGCCCGAAGUGUUUCGCGGUCACGGCUACUACAGUGAGGUGGACUGGUGGUCGCUGGGGGUGACCAUGUACGAAUGUAUCUAUGGCAAACGACCAUUCGAGGGUAAGAGCCACGAGGAACUAACCAACACCAUCUGCGCGGCCAAUCCUCGAUACUUCGUCACUAAACCUCCCGUAUCGAUGCCUUGUCUGCAUGCGAUGACCUCGUUGAUCGAAAAGGAUCGUCGGAAGCGGAUUGGGGCCACCGGAUUCGACACCUUCACCGACCACCCUUUCUUCCAGAGUAUCGACUUUGAGGCCCUGGAACGGAAACAAAUCUCUCCCAUCUUCAUCCCCUCGAGCGAGAAGACCAACUUCGACGCCACGUACGAUCUGGAAGAAUUGCUUUUGGAGGAAGCGCCGUUGGAGGCGCGGGCACGGCGACAAAAGCCCCGAGCGGAAUUGCGCAAUGACGCCAGCAGCAAAGAGAUCCGCGAAGACGAAUUGCAUCGCAUGAUCGAGACCAUGUUCGAGCCUUUUGAUUACACCCUGGCCACUUAUGACGUAAAUGCUGCUGCUGCCGUGGCCGGGACGGUGCCCGACGAACACGUCCAGUUGGAUACCCACCAGAUCGAUCCCCAUUCUGCUCACACUUCUCCGGAUGGGUCACCACCAUUGUCGCCGAGCGCGGUCGCCGCAGCGGCUGGACCGGAAGAGCACUUUCCUCCGUUGGAUGAACUGAGGGCCGCGCUACCACAUUCGCAGCCAACGCAACGACCUGCGUCGUCAUCAAAAUCUUUCAGUCGACCUAUUCCACCGCAGAGGCCGGUACCCGCCACGCGGCAGCCCAGCAAAGGAGGUGGAGUGCAAAUGGUGCUGGGCGAGGCUGGGAGCUGGUCUAACUUGGCCGAUCAGACGUCUCCUAUGCCGGCAGAUGGGUCAGGAGAAGCUGGUGUCAGGUAUGAAAAAGGAGGAGGCAGUAUGUUGGGGUUCUUGAGCAGGAAGAAGGGAAGAGACCGAAGCCCAAAACCCAGAGAACCAGGCGUGUUGGGGAAGUACGGAGCUCGACAUAUCAUCAGCUGA